UAAAACUAAAUAUACUUACCACUCACUUCUAUAAUAGAGGUGAAAACAAGUGUGGGAGAGAAAAUGUAAACGGUUUGUGUAACCCCGUGGCAGCUCAACUGAUAAUAUAACACAGAUGUAAGAGAGAUUUCAAUCAUGUCAUAUAUAUUCUCUCUUAUCUUAUACAAAGAUCUAUCAAAAUAGUUCAUUCACAAUACAUAUUUUUUUUAGAAAAAUCAUGUCUAAGCUAUGAGUAACUAUGGACAAACAACUUAAUGCAUAAAUCAUCAAAAAUACCAUUGUACUAAUGAGUUCCUCAGUUAUUAAUGAUAGUACUAGCAGUAUUAAUAAAUUAUUAUAUGAUCAUUCUUUAGAAACUUAUACAAUCCAUUCUACUGAUGAUGUAAUGAUAAAUAAUCAACGAGCUAGUAAGCCAGACACUUGGAUAAACAAUGAAUGGGAGAAAUCAUCAGUGUUAUCAAAUACUUUUGGUGAUCUUAAUAAACAUCAUAAAUUAUAUUCAGAAAAGAAAGAUGUUGGUGAUAAUUUACUGCGAAGAGAAAAUGAAUUUACUAUGAUAAGUAAAUUAGUUAACCAUGAAAAUGACGAAGACGUAGACUAUGAAGAAGAUGAUGAUGACGAUGAUGAGGAGGAGGAGGAAGAUGGUGGGGAAGAAGAUAGAGAUGUGGAGAAAGAUCAACAACAGCCAUUUAUUAUAAAUAAUUCUAAAGUAUCCAGCUUUUCAAUGAACGCUAAUAACUUACGAAUUCCAACUCCCUUAAGUAAUAAUGAUCCUAAUAAUAAAAUUCAUAUUCCUGAUCACUUGUUUAUCGGAUCUACAGAUAACAAACGUCAUUAUGGGUUGUUUAGUAAAGAAACUAAUAACAUUAACUCUAGUUCAUUAUCAAUGUCAUUAUCAUCACCAUCAUCAUUAAUUUCACCUAUCAUGAAUUGUUGUAAACAAGAAGAAAAAAGUGUCGUAUGUGAAUCAGAAGAGAAAAAUGAAGAGGAGAUACAAAAUUCAAUAAACACAACAAAUAUACCAUCAUCCCUUUUUCAGUCUACUGUUGAUUCAUCAUGGAAUAAAUCAAUGACAAAUUUUGGAUCUUGGUUAGGUGAACAAAUAUCUCCUUCACUUUAUCAACAAUAUCAUAAUGACAACAGUAUGAUUAGUUAUAAUAAAAAUCAUCAAAAUCGUCAUGAACAACAAAAUUCCCAUCUUUCAUAUUAUCACCAUAAUCAUAAAGAAUCUAUUGAACAAUUAUUCACAAAUUUUAAAUGUACACCAGAGUCACAAUUACACAAUGAUCAUGAUUCAAUAAGAAUUUCAUCUGAAAUACCAUUAAAUUCAUUCCGUCAAUUGACUAAUGAUUUGUUACCUAACUCAAUUGAAUUAGAAAGUAAACAACAUCCAUUUAUUUCUAGUAUACAUUAUCAAAAUAAUCAUUCUAAUAUUAGUGAUGAUAAUCUUAUGAAUAUUUACUGUAUGAACAAUUUAUAUUCUUCAACAUAUACAGAUUUUAUGUCAACACACAAUAAUAAUAAUAAUAAUAAUAAUAAUAAUGAUAGUUAUAAUAAUAAAGAUCAAACCAACUAUCCAGAUACAUUUCAAAUCUUCAAUUCAUUCGAUUCUUCAUUAACUAAUAGAAAUGUUAGGAAUUUCGAUUUGAUAAAUGAUGUUUUUACUAAGAAUUUAAUUGAUACAACAACGGCAACAAAUAAUGAUAACAAAAUGGAUCUAUUAUUUACAACAAAUUCCACAUCACAUUGUUCAUUAUCAACUACAAUAACAAUGACUAUAGGAAAUACAAUUCCAUCAAUAAUGUCAACAACUAAAACAACAAAUUCUAUUAAACAAGAUAUUCCUGAUUUGACAGCUGCAGCAGCGGCUGCUGUCGCUUUUCAUGGUUUAGAUCCAGCUACAACUGUUCAAAUGUUAAGAAUGUCUUCAUUAGCUAAUAAAUUAAGAAAUAAAACAAAAAUUUUAACAGAUGGUCGAGAAUGUGUUAACUGUGGAGCUACUCAAACACCAUUAUGGCGUAGAGAUGAAGCUGGACAUUAUUUAUGCAAUGCAUGCGGAUUAUAUCAUAAAAUGAAUGGAACGAAUCGACCGCUGAUAAAACCAAAACGUCGCAUGUCCGCAAACCGUAAACUUGGUACAUUCUGUGCUAAUUGUCGAACAUCACAUACAACAUUAUGGAGACGUAAUCAACAAGGCGAUUCAGUAUGCAAUGCAUGUGGACUUUAUUACAAAUUACAUCAUAUAAAUCGACCAUUAUCUAUGAAAAAAGAAGUGAUUCAAACAAGAAAUCGAAAAUUAACUCAAGCUAAAAAAAGGAAAGAUUUAGAACAUUUCACUAAAUUAUUCACAUCCAAUAAUACAAAAUAUAUUACAAAAGAAUUACAAGCGCAUAGUACAAACUCAAAAAUGACACAAUGGUUUAAAAUCAAUCAAAUGGAAUCAACAAUACCGAAACGAACACUUUCUAAUGUAUUUCAUAAAGAGAAUUUACUACUGAAUGGUAAUAGUAAUAAUAAUAAUAAACCAUCUAAUAGACAUUUGAACUAUCCAAUUACAAAUUUUUAUUCAUGUUCAAAAUUCUGUCAAAAAAAUAAAUUAGAUAAAAAUUAUUAUACUUAUUUAACUGAUUCUAAAAAUGAACACAUUGAAAAUAAUCAUCAACAAUUGAAUGCUGCAGCAGUAGCAGCCGCUGCAAUUGCAGCCAGUUAUAUUAAUGUUUCAACUCAUUCAACAAGUUCAAAUUCAAUAUUAUCAAAGAAUUCAACAGAAUCUACAUCAUCACCAUCUUUAACAACAACUGUUUCAUCAUUAUCAUUAAACAGUUCUUAUGUAUUUAAUACGAAAACAACAGACAAAGUAAUAAGAGAACAAAUAAAAAUCCCUAUAAAUUCAGUAGUUUUACAAUCAUCUAAAUCUAAUGAAAAUGAAAUGAUCAGUCAUAAUUCACAAUCUAAUUUUAAUCUUAAUAUGAAUUCGUUUGAAAAUAACACUUCAUUAAUUUCAACUCCAUGGAAUUCUUUUAUAUCUAAAAACAUCUAAACUAGAUCUUUUAUUCUUUUCAGAGAAAAAAAGAUAAACAUUUUAAAAUAUGAAAAUGUAAUUUAAUCGUUGAACUCGUGAGUCAAGUGAAGCUAGACCACUAUUGAAAACCUGAAAGCACUGAAAGUCAUCUAGUCCUAGUAUGGGACACCUCAGAAGCGAUACAUCUACGACCUCACACAUGGGAUUCAAAUCCAGGACCUUUGGUCUCGCACGUGAACGCUUAACGCGUAGAUCAAUUAACAGACAUUCAAUGGCGCUAAUUUAUCACUUCAGUCGAUCCAUGAUAAAUUCGUGUCAGACAGUUAUCUACCAAAGACAAUGGAGGAUGGUCAUGCAAUAUCGUGCAUUAUUUGAAGUUGAAGGAUACCGGACCAUUCGUCUAGAGGUUAAGCAUUCGCGCGUGAGACCGGUAGGUGCUGGGCUCGAAUCUUGAGAGGUAGGAUCGUGGAUGUGCAUUGCUUGGAAGUCCCAUAUGAGGAUGAAACAGAUGUCAAGUGCUUCCAAGUUUUCCAUGCUGGUCUAGCUUCAAUUGACUCCUGAAUUCAACUAUUAAAUUACUAUAAUAUCCACAAAAC